UUAAAAAUGGUGAUCCCAUUCGCCAAGGAUUUAAUGCACAUUAUGUAGUUAAUUGGUGUCCUUCUCACUGCAAAGGAAAUCGUGAAUGUAAAAACAAUCAGUGUAUUUGUAAAGAAGGAUAUGUAGGACCAACAUGUGAUCAGCAUCUUUGUUUCUCCAAUUGCACUGAAAUAAAAGGGGGACCUGAAUGUUGUAAUUGUGUUUGCCCCAAUGGAUCAUGUUGUUAUGAAGAAAAAUUAUCAGUGAAAUACAUGUUUAAUCCUGCAAGCCGUGAUGAAGAAAUUUAUCCACCUCAUCUUGCUCGAAUGGGUCACAGUCUGAUCAGUUGUGGAGAUGAUGUUCUUUAUCUUUAUGGAGGGCGUUCUCUUAAAUAUGGUCUUAUCAAUGAAAUGUGGAUGUUCAAUCGCACCAGCCAAGAAUGGUCUAAAGUCAUUGCUAGCACUGAUGAAGAACCAGCAGGAAGGUAUUACCAUGCUGCUGUUUGUGUGCCCAUCAUUAAGACAAUUUUUAUUUAUGGCGGUAUUGUUGAAACUGGUAGAAAAAUUCAGAAAUAUAAAGUGACCAAUGAAUUUUGGAAGUUUGCAGUAGAAUCCAGGAAGUGGAAGAAAGAACGGAGUGAUUCUUGGUUGCCUGCUGUUGCUGGCCACACACUAACAUAUGUGCUUGAUACAAAAUUGGUGGUCAUUGGUGGAUUUUCAACAGAGAAUUAUUUUCUUGAUAAAGUCCUUAUUUACAAUUCUGCACAAGCUCAGUGGGAUAUAUACCAUCGCAAGAAUCUAAGUGGUGUUAUUCCUCUUGGCAUUUAUGGACACAGUGCAGUAUAUCACCUUGCUGUUGCUACAAUUUACAUUUAUGGAGGAAUGCUUUUUACAAAAUAUUACAAGUUUCAUCCUUCAAAAGAAUUAUAUACAUUUGACGUUGACAAAUUGCAAUGGAACAUUCUGCAGGCAUCAGAUGAGAGAAUGUUGCAGCCUCGAAUGUUUCAUGUAGCUGUUAAUACUCGGAAUUAUAUGCUGUUGAUAGGAGGCCGGACUAUAGAUAGAUCACCAAUUAAAGAUAUUCUUUUGUAUCAUUUUAAAUGCAAUACAUGGCAGAACAUUUCCUUCAAAGAUCCUGAAAUGAAUGAUUACCUUCGUAACUACUUUGGUGCUGCAGCCACUACAGUUGACAAAGAUUUUUAUAUAAUGGGUGGCUAUAAUGGUGUGGAAAGUGGGAAAUUAAUGAGAAUAAAUCUUCCUGAUGAUACGUGCACCCUUAUAUAUGACUAUGAGACUUGUAAGAGUACUGAUGGCUGUUCUGCAUGUAAGUUAGAAACUGUAUACAACUUGACAUACUGUGUUUCUACUGAAGGUAGAUUUCCUGAUAUAUGUUUUGGUGGAAAUGUAAGUGAAGGGAAAAUGUGUGAUCACAAGUGGUUUGAGGCAAGAAGCUGUAACAAAUACAAAACAUGUGAUCAAUGCCUGGCUAUUUAUCCAGAAUUCAAGAAAAUAUCUCAGGUUUGCAAAUGGUGCAAGCAUUGUAAAGUUGGUAAAUGUAUUCACCAAAAACAGGAAUGUGGUGCCCAAAAUCCCUGUAAUCGAUCACAGGCUGAAUUUCUUGAUAUGUCUGACUGUGAUGGUAUUGUGUGCAAAGCUGUAAAUUGCCGUUCAUGCCACAGCUCAAAGAAUUGCAUGUGGACAAGACAAGUGACACGCACUGGUGAGAUUACACGAAUGGUUAGUGGAAAUCCCAGAUACUCCUGGAGUUGUGUUAUUGCCGGUGUCCAGCAAAAAAGCCCCAAAGGUAUCACAAUGGGAAGUAGAUCAUUUAAACAACAUUCAAGUGAGUGCCCUUCUGAAUGUUAUCAGAACAAAACCUGUGAAAAGUGUGUGUCAUCUCAUGGAGCAGAAGGUGGAUCUCAGCAUUGUGUAUGGAGUGAAAAAUUACAUGAGUGUAUACCUCCUGCUUAUAUCCCACUUCAUUGUUCUGCUGGUGAAUGUGGUUCCUUACUACGAGAGUAUAAUCAUUGUCCAAUCCGAUGCAUGGAAAUUCAACAAUGUUCUCGAUGCAUAUCUUCCCCUAGCUGUGGAUGGUGUUCUUUUGGUGAUCAGCUUGAUGGACGUGGCAUUUGCAUGCCUGGAGGCCUGUCUGGUACCAGCAAUGGUCUUUGUUCAGAAUCUAACAUCACUUACGGUUCAACUCAUCUUUCAGAAAGAAUCCAAGAUAAGUUUCCUGAUAAAGAUUUAAAAAUUUCUUGGGUAUUUGUAAAAUGCCCUCCUGAAGAUGAAUGUAAGAAUUCACACCACACUUGUGAUGCUACAACCGAGAAGUGUGUUGAUACACCAGAUUCCUUCAAAUGUAUUUGCAAACCAGGUUAUAAAAAAAGGGACCAAAUCUGCGAACCUGUUUGUACACAAGGAUGUGUUCAUGGUAUUUGUACAAGUCCUAACCAAUGUAAAUGUAAUUUUGGAUGGGUUGGCAGCAACUGUUCCGUGGAAUGUUCCUGUAAUUCUCACAGUGAGUGUAAAAGUGAAAAGGAUACUGGUAAUUGUUUAGGAUGUCUUCAUAAUACAAUGGGUGAUAAUUGCGAGAAGUGCAUAUCUAACUAUGUAGGUGAUCCUCGAAAUGGAGGUACAUGCAUAUCUUGUUUUAUUUAUUGCAAUAACCAUACCAAAAAUUGCACGGAAGUCAAAGGAAAAGAUCAUGAUGAAUAUGGGGGUCUUCAAGAGAAUCAGGCUGUAUGUCAAGACUGCAAAAACAAUACUGAAGGAAAACUCUGUGAAAGAUGUAAAAAGGGUUACUUUAGAUUGGCGGAAGAGAAACUUCACAACAUAUGCCGACCCUGUAUGUGCAAUGGCCAUGCCUUUGAUUGUGACACAAAUUCAGGAACUAGAUGCAUCUGCAAGAAUAACACUAUGACAAAAUGUGAUAAAGAGAAAAGUGAAGAUUGCUAUAAGAAUCAGACGUUUUUGUUCCCAGAGUCAAAACUCACACUGAAAAGUGAUUUCAGAUGGUAGAUGAUAUCAAAGAAA